UCUGCAGAAGCGCGCAGGCAUACACAUAGACAAAACGCCAAAUCACACGCACGCGUGCACAUUCAGCACACCAGUACACUGUCUGUCUCUCACUCUCUCUCACACACACACACGCGCACACACACACGUGCACGACGAGAGAGAGAAGGGGGAGAGAGAGAGAGAAAGCGAGAGAGAGAGACGUUGGGAGCGGGUCCCAUGCACGGUUUGCAGGCUGCCGGAGCCUCUGCUGUAGUAGUCAAUGUGCGUGUGCGUCUAUGUGUGCGUCCGGCGGCUUCUCGCCUGCCUCUUCCCUCCUCUGCGCUCCUCUCCUCGCCCGGGACAGGAAUAACAGGAUACCGGGAGCUGUGAUCAUACAGAGGCUGGUUGAGCCCCCACAAUGCGCGGGGCCAGCAGAUAUUGCAGUGGAGAAUCCGCGGUAGGCGCACACACAAUGAAGAUUGGAUUACAACAACAGUGAUUUUAUUCGCAGCCGCGCGCCUCUGAAGUGCUGAAACGGGGGAUUUCAUUCAGCGUUUUUGGACACGGUGGGAAUAAUUCAUUGCCAGAGAUUCGGUGAUUUUUUUUUUUUUUUUUUUUUUUUUUUUUUCUUCUUCCUCCUGUUGUGCAGUGUUUGUGAGAGUGAUCACCAUCAGAGGCUGCAUGGUUUCUCAGAGGAGAGAGGGGACUGUUGCAAUGUCAUCUCACACUACUGUUUUGGAGCUCCGUGGAAGGGAGAUGCUGGGAUGAAGUGGUUUGGCAGUAUGUCCCUCAGCAGCAAAAGGAGUAAGAGGAGGAGUAGAAGGAGCAGCAGCUGUAGCAGUAGUAGUAAUAGUGUGCUGCUCUCCUUGGCUCUCCUGGUGGUGGUGACCCUCAUCACGGACCCCGCGGCGGCGCAAAAGCAGCGUAGUGGCGGCGCCUCGGAAAAAGUGCCGGUCCUGAACAUUGCUGUGAUCCUGGGACGCACACGCUACAUCUCCGACCGGGACAUCCGGGCGCUGUGGAGCAAGGAGGACCCCAUCGACGUCAACGUGGUCACACUGCUGGUCAACGAGACCGACCCCAAAAGCAUCAUCACUCACAUGUGCGACCUGAUGUCCGGGACCAAGAUCCACGGCGUGGUGUUUGGGGAUGGCACCGACCAGGAGGCCAUUGCCCAGAUUUUGGAUUUUAUUUCCUCGCAGACGCUUAUACCCAUCCUCGGCAUCCAUGGAGGGUCGUCCAUGAUCAUGGCUGAUAAGGAUGUGAAGUCGACAUUCUUCCAGUUCGGCGCCUCCAUCCAGCAGGAGGCUCUGCUGAUGCUGAACAUUAUGGAGGAGUACGACUGGCACAUCUUCUCCAUCGUCACGUCAAAGUUCCCUGGCUACCAGGAGUUCAUCAACAUCCUGAAAACCACCGUGGACAACAGUUUUGUAGGCUGGGACCUGCAGAAUAUCAUCACUUUGGACGCAGUGGAGGAAGACAGCCGGUCUCAGAUCAUGCUCAAGAAGGUCCAGUCCCCCGUGGUCCUACUCUACUGUUCCAAGGACGAGGCGGUCUACAUCCUGGAGGAGGCUCGCUCUCUGGGCCUCACCGGGUUUGGAUACAUCUGGAUUGUGCCGUCACUCACCACUGGCAACCCGGAAAUAACGCCAGAGGAGUUCCCAUCGGGAAUGAUUUCAGUAUCAUACGACGACUGGGACUACCCGUUGGAGGCGCGCGUCCGUGAUGGUCUGGGGAUCAUAACGUCAGCAGCGGCAGCCAUGUUGGAGGAGUAUGGCGACAUCCCCGAAGCCAAAACAUCCUGUUACGGCCAGAUGGAGAAGACGACCAAGCUGCCACCCAGCGCGCUACAUAAGUACAUGAUGAAUGUGACAUGGGAUGGCAGAGACUUGUCAUUCACUGAAGACGGCUACCAGGAAAACCCAAAGCUGGUGGUCAUUGUUCUCAACAAGGACAGGGAGUGGGAGAAGAUGGGAAAACUGGACAACGGCAGCCUGACACUGAAGUACCCGGUGUGGCCGCGCUUCAACUCCUUCGGUGAUGCCGAGCUUGACGACAACCACCUGUCCAUCGUCACUUUAGAGGAGAAACCUUUCGUUAUAGUGGAGGACGUGGAGAGGCUCACCGGAACCUGCAUGAGGAACUCCGUCCCCUGCAGAAAGCAUAUCAAAGACAACACAACAGAGGCUGGUGGGACGUACAUCAAGAAGUGCUGCAAAGGCUUCUGCAUCGAUAUUCUGAAGAAAAUUGCCAAAUAUGUAAAGUUCACCUAUGACCUGUACCUGGUAACCAAUGGCAAGCAUGGCAAGAAGAUUAACAAUGUCUGGAAUGGGAUGGUGGGAGAGGUGGUCUAUAAGAAAGCCGUCAUGGCCGUCGGAUCUCUGACGAUCAAUGAGGAGCGUUCUGAGGUCAUCGAUUUCUCCGUCCCGUUCGUGGAAACCGGGAUCAGCGUCAUGGUCUCCCGUAGCAACGGAACCGUCUCCCCGUCAGCCUUCCUCGAGCCAUUCAGUGCAUCAGUGUGGGUGAUGAUGUUUGUGAUGCUCCUACUGGUGACUGCAAUGGCUGUUUUCAUGUUCGAGUACAUCAGUCCUCUGGGCUUUAACAGAAACUUGGCACAGGGAAAAGACCCCCACGGCCCUUCCUUCACCAUGGGCAAGGCCGUGUGGCUGCUUUGGGGUCUGGUCUUCAACAACUCUGUGCCAGUGCAAAACCCGAAAGGCACCACCAGUAAGUUCAUAGUGUCUGUGUGGGCCUUCUUCGCUGUCAUCUUCCUGGCCUCCUACACUGCCAACCUGGCCGCCUUCAUGAUCCAGGAGGAGUUUGUCGACCAAGUCACCGGGCUUUCUGACAACAAGUUUCAGAACCCGUAUGCAUACUCGCCUCCGUUCCGCUUCGGGACGGUUCCAAAUGGAUCCACGGAGAGGAACAUCAGGAAGAACUACCCUGCCAUGCACCAGUACAUGGUGAAAUAUCAUCAAACUGGCGUCCAGGACGCACUGGUCAGCCUCAAAACAGGUAAACUGGACGCCUUCAUCUAUGAUGCUGCAGUGUUGAACUACAUGGCCGGCAGAGAUGAAGGAUGUAAGCUGGUGACCAUUGGCAGCGGGUACAUCUUUGCUACCACUGGUUACGGGAUUGCUCUGCAGAAAGGGUCCUACUGGAAACGACAGGUGGAUCUGGCUAUCCUGGCCAUCAUCGGAGAUGGUGAAAUGGAGGAACUAGAAGCCCAGUGGCUGACAGGAAUUUGCCACAAUGAGAAGAACGAGGUGAUGUCCAGUCAGCUGGAUGUGGACAACAUGGCUGGGGUCUUCUACAUGCUGGCCACAGCCAUGGGGCUCUCCCUAAUCACCUUCGUCUCUGAGCAUCUCUUCUACUGGAGGCUCAGAUACUGUUUCACUGGGGUCUGCUCCGGCACGCCGGGUCUUCUUUUCUCCAUCAGUCGGGGAAUCUGGAGUUGCAUCCAUGGAGUCCACAUUGACAUGAAGAAAAAGACAGAUCUGGACUUUAGCCCUCAGGACAAAAUGCUUAAACUCAUCAAGUCAGCCAAACAGAUGACCAACAUAUCUAACCUGGGUGGCUCGCGCAUGAACUCACCCAAACGUGAGUUCAUGCACUCAGCUGGCCCGAUGAUCAUGGAUAUGAUGGCAGAGAAGGGCAACUUCAUCUAUGCUGACAACCGAAGCUACGCUCCCAAAGACAUGAUCUAUGGGGAUACAGGUGACCUGCAGUCGUACCUUGCUAACCGCCACAAAGACCACCUUAACAACUACAUCUUCCAGGGAGGCCAGCAUCCUCUGACCCUGAAUGAUGCCAAUCCCAACACAGUAGAAGUGGCAGUGAGCGCUGACGCAGUCCAGACCAAUGCCAAGCCGCCCCGGACCCUGUGGAAGAAGUCAGUGGACACGCUCCGUUCAGUGCCACCUGGGCCCCCUCCGAUGCCCGACAUGCUGAUGCCAGAUCCACGUAUGUCGAUGAAGACACAGCGCUACCUCCCUGAGGACACAGCCCACUCUGACAUCUCCGACUGCUCCAGCAGGGCAGCCUCCUACAAGGACCCAGAAAACAACAAGCACCUGAAGCCCAAGGACAACUUAAAAAAAAGAUCGGUGACGUCAAAAUACCCAAGGGACUGCAGUGAGGUGGAGCUGUCCUACUUAAAGACUAAGCAGGUCAGCAGCGGAACCAACCCACCCGGUAGAGGGGGAGGAGGAGGAGGAGGGGGAGGAGGAGGAGGAGAGAAAAUCUACACCAUCGACUCAGACCGAGAGCUGAGCCUGCACUCAGACCCCAUUCACUACCGCGAGAGUCGUGGCCUCGCUGCAGACGAUUUGGAUUACCCUGAGAUUUACUCUGACCACAGCGACAACUUUAGGAAGUGUGAGCAGCCCAUCAUUCAUCUGAAUUCCUCGCCUUUGCAUCACACAGACUCAGAUCUUCUACCAGACCCAACUUACUCUAAACACUACAACGUGAAAGAGAAAAACCUGUCCCCACAUGAAUCCAUUGAUCGCUACAAACAGACACACUGCCGUUCCUGCUUGUCCAAAGUGACCGCUAGCUACCCACCAGCAGGGCCGUACACGCCUACUGCCUCUGCCGCAGCUUCUGCCACACGCUCACCCUAUAAUCGGUGUGAAGCAUGCAUCCACAUGGCCAACCUGUAUGACAUUAGUGAGGACCAGCUCCUCACAGACCCCUUGGUCAGUCCCACCAUGCACCACCAACAGCAGCAGCAGCAACCAGACGAAAUGUUUGGUCUGUAUUGGCCACAGACGGAUGGGCCACAUGUCCAAAAGAGAAACCGCUUGAGGCUGAGUCGUCAGCAUUCCUUUGACAACAUCAUGCUAGAAAAGCCCAAGGAUGUAGACCUGGGCCGACCGGCGCGUAGCGUCAGCCUCAAGGAGAAGGAUCGCUUCCUGGACUCCGCAUCUGACUCGCAUUAUGCGAACCUCUUCGGCAUGCGUCCCUACUCCGGAAGACUGUUUGGCACCGGCUCCAAAUCAAUGCUGUUUAACCACAACCUGGAGGAGAGCAAGAGGAGCAAGUCCCUGUACCCGGCCCAUGGCUCGGAAAACCCUUUCCUCAGCCACUCGCUGAGGGAUGACACCAGCAGCAGACUGGUCCAUGGGCGUAGCUCCUCUGAUAUUUACAAACAGCUGGCGGUGGCUUCACCUGCAGCGGUCCUUGGAGCGGCCCCCAUCAAAACACGCAACGAUGCGAACAAUCUCCGCUCUUCCGUUAAAUCCACCACUUCAUACUGCUCACGGGACGGGCGGAUAGCUAAUGACAUGUACAAUAAAGAGCAUGUGAUGCCUUACUCAGCCAAUAAGACUAGUGCAUACCCGGCCCCACGUGGUGUCCUAAACUCAGCCCAGUUCAGCAAUAGACGGGUCUAUAAAAAAAUCCCCAGUCUGGAGUCAGAUGUUUAGUUGAUAUAAGAAAUAAUGUGUUCUCUCCUCCUUACUCCUCUCUGGGUUUGUAUUAUAAUUUAUCAACUAUGUUAUCCACUAAGGGAUGCCAUAGCCACACUACAUUUUUCUUCUUCUCUUCGACAUUGUAACCCAAAAGAACUUGUGCCCACUUGGGUAUGACGGUACUACUACUACUCUCUUUGCAGAUGAUAUCACCAUUUAUGUCCAUCUUCUGCCAUGUACCAAUGAGUUGGCUGCAUGGCCGGCACUCUGCCAUAAGGUAUCCGGGAGUAAAUGGAAAGGGGGGAUCAUUAAUCUCCAAAUUUUGGAAAAGGGGUAGGAAAUGGUAUAGUUCCAUUAGUGGGACAGAGAAGGCCUAAGUUUCGGUAAGGGAGGACUCCCUUACUCUAGUUGAUUUGUGUUUGAGAUGAGUGAGGAAGUGGUGAGGAGGAUGGGAGAAAUUAUAUGAGAGGAGAAUUAGAGGGAGAGAGAGAGAGAACCUCUCUGUCAACCCCUCCUCCUUCUCCCCUUUUUCCUUUCCACCUCCACUGUCAAGCUUGGGGCUCACUAGUUGAGGAGAACAGGUCUGACAGGGAGACCAGAUGGGCACGUUUGAUGUCGCGGCCAGACAUGGAGGUGUCCCAGGAGGGCAGGGACUAGCUCACUGUGAGCUAGUCCAGCGGUCUGCUGCUUGUUACUCUGACAAAUAUGGCCACCGAGACACCUGGCAGUGCAAGAGGAGAGAGAGGGAGAAAGGAGAUGAGCGGCACAGAGUGGAGCAUCCAGUCGUUUUUGCCAGUUAGGUUUUGUGUGCUUGGUCAGAAUUCGGUUUUAUGGUUUAAGCCCAUGCUAAAGGACACAAUAGGUAUGCGAAAGUGAGAGUAAUGUAGGUGCUAUCAAUGAAUAAUGUUUACAGACUGACGGAUAAAAAAGACACACUGACAAAAUGACUGAUAGAAAAGACAGACAAGCAGGGAAACCUGAGGCAACUGAUGGGCAUUUCAUUUGUGGCGCUGCACAUAGAAAAAUAAUUGCAAAGUAUUGCUUUUUUAUUCUAUUAAACUAUAAGAUUUAUUAGGGAUUCUGGCAUCCGGAUCCCCUUAUGUAGGAUUUUAGUGUUUGCUUAUUUGGUAGCACAAUAGCCAUUAGUUUUAAAACCUCUCUCCCACAUUUGCUUUUAAAAAAAAAGCAUAGCUUUUUGGAAAAAUACCAUCAAGUGUAGUAGAUUAUUUUGCAUGUGUUGAUUUUUUUCUGUGUCGGAGAAGAGAAAAUACACACAUAUACACUCUCAGACACAUAUUUUACAUGUUUUUGAAAAGGGACUUGGUCUUGCCAGAUAUGGUGGAUGGAAACUUGUACAAUCGAAACCUUGAACCUUGACCUUUGUGCUUAGUAAAUCAGUGUCAUGCUGUGGCUGCUGCUGCAAAAGAGCAAGUGAAUGGCGGAAGGGAAGAGAGCAAAGAGGAGAUAACAUGGGAGAAAAAGGAUGAAAUGACAAUUGUGUCCACCACCACCUUGUUUGAGGUGGGGAGGAGGUGGACACUGAAGUGUUUUUUUGUCUUUUGACCUCCCUGCCACUGAGAAACAGGGUAUUAACUAUAAAAAAAAAACAAAACAAAACACUGACGAUUCUUUCCUUCUUUCCUCCCUCCUCCUUCCCUGCCUCGAUCAACAUGACACAUCACUAGAGUGUUGGAUAAUUAGAAACACUUCACUUUAUUUAUUUGGGUUUUUGUCAAAUUGAGCUUUGGUUGGUUGGUACAGCAGUAGCAGUGCUACACAGUACUAUAACCACUACAGUCUAACUGUGGAUUCUGUUACAAAUGUAUCAUCAAUUACAGUUGAUGCGCAAUCAACCAGGCUCGUGAGGAUCUGAAGACUACUUGAGAUGGAUCCCUUGUUUACCUUCAUAGCAUUGUUUGGGUGGGACGUGGGAUGGGGUGGGCGGGACAAGAUGGAGAGAAAUGGAGCUGAGGAGGCUCCGCUGUUAUGUGCUCAUCAAUCAUGUAUCCAUCUUAGUGUGGAUUAAGUCGUGUGUGUGUGCAUGACAGAACUUGGGUAAGCUUGAAGACUUAACCAGAACAUUUGGUUCCUAAUCUCAUUGUUUAUGCAUUUGUUUGUUUGAUUGUUUGUUUGUUCUUUUUGAUAACACUUGGCAGAAAAGACUUGCACAUGCACAUACUUCCAUGUACACACGUGCCCACAAAAACACUUUUUUUUUUGUAGCAUUAUGCUGUACAAAUUGUACAGUCAAAAGAAAAAUCAUGUAACCAUAUUAACUGACUGAUUUGCUUGAUUGAUUGGAUUCACAAAGCCAAAUUGUAUCAAAUAAAAUACCUCAGGAUGAUUCUGUGCGUUUUGGGGGAGCUUCAACCGUAGCAACAGAACAUGAUGUGGCACAGAUUUUUUGUAGAAAAGAAAAAAUUAAAAAAGAAAAAAAAGAAAAAAAAAGAAAAACAACCACACAAUUUAUAGUGGCUGCAAAGCAGGAUCAAACUUUUCUCCUUUUGAUGUUUACCAGUCCAAGGUCUUCCAGUUCGGCUCUCUGCCCGAGCUCAUGCAACCCAAGUAAAGAGAGAAGAAGAGGAAGAGAAGGAGGGAAAGGAGGGAUGGCAGUAGGGAGCUUAGGUCGUUCUGCUCAGAGAGGGGGUGUGUUGCAUGCAACUCCACUCCUUGCCAAACUGAGCGCCCUUAACAGAAUGGAGGAUGUUACUUAAACAUCCAAAAUCUGAAAAGCUACCCUUAUAUGGAAUACUCAAACAGGAAUCUCUCUCUUUCCUCUCCAUGGUUUUUAAUGGCAGUUGACUGCAUUAGGCACUGUGUUUCAAUUGAAGCUCCAUCUUUAACAACCAAGGUCAUAUCGCCCUUUUGUACUCUUGGAAUACUGCAGUGAACCUCUCCUUGCUUCCCAAUCAGCUUACCCAAUGUUGACUGACGAGCAACAUUUGUCCUUUUUUGCAUCUUAUCUGCAUAUUUAUGAUUAUUAUCAUAUUUAUCUCCACAUGCUGCUUGCGUGAGCUGACAAGUGAACAAUAUGCACAUGUAAAAAUAUCAAACGGCACCCUUGCGUUUUAUGAACUCAUGAUGAUUUGUUCUAUUCGUUCUACUUUUACAGAACUGUCAUGUAAACUGAUGCUGUUUUAUGUUCACGCACACACACACACACACGCACACACACAAACACGUACACACCCAGACACACCCUUGUGAUGACAACCCUGCUCUUUUUAAUGGCAAAAAUGUAUUUUAAUUACAUUAAAUGAUAAAUAAUGAGGUGAUGGCAUGCAACCCCAGAUGUAACAAUUUUAAUGUUUUAUGUUUUUUCUUUUUUUUUCUUUUUGUUUGUUCUUUUUGUUAUGAUGUUAUGAUCACUAAUGCGUUGUAACCAGGUGUGAGUAUAUACAUAUUUGAGAGAAAAAAAUUAUCUAUGUUUAACACGAUGAAGAUGCUGCUGCUGUUUUGGGGGAGAAGGCGAGGACUUGACCCUCGUGCAACUUCCUCAUUGGCGGACUGGUCGUUAUCAGGCCAUGUUUUGCCCAAUGGGGUUGCGGGUCAGGGGUCAGGGCUUGGCUUGGUAUGGCGGGACAUCCUUGCUCUUCCUCCAGUGGCAGGUGAGAAUUACUGUAUCACCAGCUCUGCUUCUCUCUUCCCUCUCCUUCAUGUGUAGUCAGGACUUCAACUGUAAAGAAGAUAAAAGAAAAAAAAAGCAACCCUCUACUUUGAGUCUGCUAUCCCUCCAAAGAUACAAGACCUCUUUCUUUAUGGUUUGCUGUAAGAAUAGAGCUUUUUUUUUAAAAACUAAUACUUCCUCAAAGACUUUUAAGGAACUAUUUUGAAUAUAUUUAGAAAUGACACCUGUAUACAUCGCUUGUAAAUUCAUACUGGAAUACAUCAUCAUGGAGAAUUAUAAAUGAUAAAGAGUAAAAACAAUAUUUUUUGUGUGAAUUUCACAGGAGCUCUUCUGUACAGUGGCACUGUUUCUCUAUCUCUCUCUCUUUCUAUCUCUCUCUCUCUUUCUUUCUCACUCUCUCUCUCUCUCUCUCUCUCUCUGUAGAGCGACUAGAAUAAAACUUCACCAUUCACAAGG